AUGGCUGGCAUACCGUCAGCGGUUAUCCGUUUCGCUUGUCAUAUUCCGCUUUGGAUUGUGGGACUCACCAAUCUAGGUAACUGGAGAGACAUCAAGAAACAUGAGAUCUUGAGCCAUCCUCCCUACAACCAGUACAUCUUUCCGGCAUGGCAUCUUGCCGGGGGAAUGGGAGUUUUCGCCUUGUCGUGGAACUUAGCCAUGUGGAUUCCUACUGCAGCCUCAUCUGGUGCAUUUCUAUUUUGCAUCGGACUGGUAGACUUUGUGAUAGCCGUGUGUCUUACAGUAGCCGCGGCUUUGCAAGGAACAUAUAUACCACACAAGAAAUCCAGCUGCUCUGAAUUUAUCAGCUCCCAUCCACCCAAUUCUACCACCCCCAGCCUUUUCACCGUUAUUGCCUCCGACAAUUCCACAUUCCCGGACUGGCGUCAUGUCUGCACGAGCUUUGUGGAAACCUGGUCUUGCCAGAUUGCCGUAUGUAUCCUAUAUUUCAUCUCCGCUUUUUUGAGCAUGGUGUUGGGAUGUUGGACAGCCAAUGGAAGGAGCUACAACGGGCAUCACCGCCGUAGCAACUCCUCUAGUUACAGUGGAACCAUUGGAGCCACAUCUCGCACACGAAGCUUUUGCAAGAAGUUCAUAUUCUACAUCAUCUGCUGGCCGCCCUAUUUGGUGCUCUGGAAAGGUCCGAUCUGGUCCAUCCUCAAAAUGAGGUACUUUAGACGAUUCACUAUGAAAUUCUGGCAUGGCUCCAGACAUCGCUCUCCGAAAACAGAACUCUCAGUAUUUAGCGAGAAACAAAAGCCACAGCCAUCUUCCGUGGACAAAUUCGUCGGCCUGUUGCAUGAAGAUCGCAUACAAGAAGGUAUUGCGGCAAAAUUGCAUUUUGUCGAUCUCGUCAACCUGAGUUCAACCUGCAAAUCAGUUCGACAGGCUCUGGUUUCUCCGAGCAAGAAUGUUGACUCCCACGAAAAUCUCCGUAUUCUGAGCUGCACCGAAGGCAGGGUUGCUACCAGUCAAUUGAUGGCAUUCUUCGCUCGCAGGCUCAAGAACAAACAAGUUCGAACUUUAUCUCAGUCGUCUCUUAACUCUGCUGUCUCGCUUCCCAGUUCCGGAUUAACGUUUGUCGAUAACUGUCAAGGUGCCUCGGCUGCCGUGAGUGAGUUGUCAGGCGUUCUCGACGAUGCUAUCGAACAGCUAGAUCUGCAUGGGAAUCUUCGUGAUGGCCUCAAGAGUCACCUCGAGUCACUGGACCAAGAAGCCUCCAAAUAUGCCAAUUGCGGAGUGCCCCGACAUGCUCGCUUUGAUCCGUGGAAUCCAACAUUCCAAGAGUCGGAACUUGUGUAUGUUUCUUGGAAGUGCUCUGCAUCUGUCUACGAAACCGAACGACGACCACACUUUUCGAACGAGAGCCUAAUAUUUGACGAAUUGAAAUUCAUCCGGCCCUCUAUCACAGGCACCACGAAAGCUGCGUCUUUCACAUCCGUUCGUCCCGUCGACUCAGACGCCAGAACGAACCCAAUGCUUCCAGCCCUGAUAGUGGCUAUUCGAGGGACGGAGAACUUGGUUGCACACAUGGUGAAUCUAAAUGGACAGCCAAAGAUGUUCCACCUUCCUACGAUCCGUGACGGAACUUCAAUAAUCGAAUCGAUGCAAGCUCACGGAGGUUUCCUCAAUGGCGCGGAGGCAUUGUUACCAGAGGUCAUUGGCGAAUUGGGUCGGCUUCACGAAUCUGAACCUACCAUAUUCCCCCACGUGGUAUUUACUGGCCAUUCCGCCGGUGGCGCCAUUGCAUCUCUUCUAUAUUUGAAGAUAUUCUCGGAUGCUCAUCGAAUAUACCCCAAUUUUCAAUUAUCCUGUAUCACAUUCGGAAGCCCACCCAUCAUCAAUCCCAGACCGAUGAUGCCCCAGCAACAAAACCGAAAUGGAGUUAUGGUCCUAUCCAUUGUCAAUGAAUACGACCUGGUCACUCGAUCCGACACAUCAUAUAUCCGAUCACUAGCUUCGUUAUUCCGCUCGAUUUACAGACAACCGCCGAUCCUCGAGGCUAAAGAUCCGGACUCAUUGACCAAUUCAGCAUUGGUGACUGAAACAGAAAGUAAUCUUCCAUCCUUUCCUUUCACACAGGCCAGAAAUAUCGCAGAGAACGAAUGGGCUCUUCCACUGCCUGAAUACCACCAUGUCGGCGAUAUAGUUCUCUUGACGAAGGAUUUGGUGAUGUCAAAUGAUCAACUAACGAAUGCAUUGCAUCGAGGAGCAACAGAAAUUGCGCUGAAGGCGCUUAGGGUGCCGCAUGAGGAGUUUGGCAGGAUGCUCUUCUGUAGAAUCGGAGUGCAUAGGCGGAAAGAGUAUGACUCUCGCGUGGAACAGAUACUUGCAGGCCGGUUUAACAGAAGGUCUGGGUGGUGA